UCACUUUCCCAUUUGGAUCGAUCUAUCUAUCUUUAGUUAGUAGAGGAAGAAGGUUAAGUGUGUUGUUUCUUCAUCUUUCCUUCCUUCCUUCAUCCGUCCUUCAAAACAGGGGCAGCUAAUAUGUGUUCAUUAUCUGGAUAAUCAUAAAAUUUUCCAUUCUAUUAGUCAAUACCGAAACAUCACAUCCAUGAGUACAGAUAUAGAAGACAUCCAUGAUGAUUAUCUAAAUCUUAGUUUGCCAGCUGAUAUCCCCGAUGACUUGAAAGACUUUUUGCCACAAGACGAAGAAGGUCUUACUUACCAAGAAGCUAUCUUGCAACAGGCAAGCGUCUAUCACUCGUAUCAAGAAUGUGGCAUGAGUAGGGCUGUGGCUACUGACGAUGCUCGCAGCAAUACCUCUAGCUGUUCUUCAGAUGAGGAAGAUGAGGAUGAGGAUGAAAUUGAAAAUGAAUCCUCGAGGGAUGAAAGUGUUCUGUCACAAGAAGCCAUGGAUGAAGCUUAUGCUAGAUCCUUGCAGGAGUUGGGGGAGGAAUUUGAUGAGUUCUUCAUAACAGAAUUCAACGCAGAAAGUCGUCAUGUAGAAACUUCUACCGAACAAGUAUCCAGUUCAGAGGCAAGCGAAGACGACAUUGAUCCGGAUAAUAUGAGAUACGAGGAACUACUAAACCUCACUGAAACUGUUGGUGUCGAGAGUGUAGGAUUAUCAGCAGCGCGCAUUUCCCAGUUACCAAUCUCUAUUUACACAUCAGGAAUUGUCUCCAACAACAGGGAAGAAAACUGCGUGAUAUGUCAAGAAAGUUUCAAAUUUGGGAAACGUGUGAUCAAAUUGCCUUGCUCCCAUUUGUAUCACAGUAAAUGCAUUAUUCAAUGGUUAAAGCUCAAGAAGAACUGCCCUAUUUGUCAAAAGGAGGUGACGUGACUUAAGAUUUUCAAGUUUCAAGCACCGAAUAAUGAAAUGAAGUUGCGUGAUAAUUGAUCAAGAAAAGGGGAAACAAACUGGUAAUUUAUGCUUUUGGUGUGGCACUUCAUGAAUUCAUUUUCUCUGCGUUUUUUUUCUGUGAAUAAUUACUAGCAUAACAAACCAGUUGGACAAAGUCAAAUGGUUUAUAUUUGUUCAGGAUAGUUAAAAGGUGAAGCUUAUUUGCAGGUGUAUUAUAGAUUUGUUUGAUGAGUGUUUGCGUUACAUUCGUUUUUAAUUUAGAUUAAUCCAAACAUGUUUUGAUUA